UGAUAGCAGUGAAAGUGAAAGCAUUUCUUGGGGUGGAGCUCGCUCUGCUUUUCGGUUCAGCAUUAUAAUUUCAGAUCGUAUGCUUUAGGAUAUUCUUGCUUUAUGGAUUGCUCAGAAGAAUUUGUGAAGGAAAUACGAGGCUUCUCCUCUUAGUUAUUCGUUCUUCCUGGGUCUCGUGCUCGGAAAGCUCGAGGAUCGAAGAAAGAUGGCUACAUUUGAAGAUUAUUGCAUAAUAACCCAGGAGGACUUAGAGGAUAUUAAAGAGACCAUAUCCUCUCAGGAUCUCCCAUCAGCGAUAAGCAUGAUCAAAGAAUACCUCAAACAGCAGGAUCUUGUAGAACUUAACAUUGGUGUGACGGGAGAGUCUGGUUCUGGAAAGUCCACAUUUGUCAACGCAUUCAGGGGCUUAGGAGAUGAAGACGAGGGCUCUGCUAAAACCGGCCCAGUAGAAACCACUAUGGUGCCUGAGGUUUACCUUCACCCAAAAUACAAAAAUGUGAAAGUGUGGGAUCUUCCUGGCAUCGGAACACCAAACUUUAAAGCUGAUGAGUACCUUAAACUGGUUCAGUUUGAACGCUACGAUUUUUUCAUCAUCAUCGCUUCAGAUCGGUUCAGAGAAUGCCACACUCAGCUGGCCACAGAGAUCAUGAGAAUGAAGAAAAGAUUUUAUUUUGUUCGUUGCAAGAUUGACUUGAGCAUUGAGGCCGAAAAGAGAAAGAAAAACUUUGACCUGCAAAAGACACUGGAUAUCAUAAGAGAGGACUGUGAAAACGGUUUGAGAAAAAUCGGUAUAGAUGAUCCUGCUGUGUUCCUGAUUUCUGGAUGGGAGUUUGAAAAGUUUGAUCUAAAUGUUCUGCAGGAGAGGAUGGAGAAGGAGCUUCCACAGCAUAAGAGACUUGUGCUGAUGUUGGCUUUGCCGAAUAUCACACUGGAGAUUAAUGAGAAAAAGAAGAAAGCUCUAGAGCAGAACAUUGGAAAAGUUGCCUUCCUGUCUGCUUGUGUGGCUGCUGUUCCUGUUCCUGGUCUUUCAAUUGCUGUGGAUUUAGCCUUCAUAGCUCACGAGAUAGAGAAGUACUGCACCACCUUUGGCCUUGAUAAGGAGUCUUUGGAGAAGCUCUGUGAAAGAUAUGGGAAGAGAAUAGAGACUGUGGAGGGUCUGAUUAAGUCAGCUUGGUAUAAAGAAAUAUGCACAGGUUCAAUCACAACCAUACUAAGAGACCUAUCCUUUCUGAUAACAGAAGAUGCUGUUGAGUCUGUUGUUAGGUUUAUACCCCUUUUAGGCACUGUGGCGGCAGGAGCAAUGUCCUAUUGGGCUGUGUCAACAAUGCUGAAGAGUGCUCUGAAUGAGGUAGCAGAAGAUGCCAGGAAUGUGCUCAUCAGUUUGCUGGAGACUGAAGUGUAAUACUGUACCACUGCCAGCUAUGUAAAGUGGUCAAAAGGUUUAUAAAACUCUAUACUUAAAAGUUAAUUCCUUUGGGAAGAAAAAAAAAAUGGUCCUGACGAAUUUUAUACACAGAAUUUUAACCUAUAAUUGUGACAAAUAUUUAUGUUUUAAAUUAUUGAUCUAAGAAAAACAAUACUAGAUACUAAAGAAUAAUUAAAAUACCAAAUAAGCAGAAUCAAAUGAUAAUUGCAUUGAAAAGUUCUAAUUAUUUUUUACUUAGUAGAACUUGGUACAAAAAUUGAUAUAAUUAAAAUUGUAUUUUUCAUGAGGCCUGUUGGACUGUUAAUUAAUUACUAAUAUUGAAUCAUACAAAAAGUGCAAUCUUCCAAUUCAAAAGUAACAUUACACACUACAUAGAAUAAGUGGCAGAUCUAGUUUGCAUUUAUGCACAGAUCUAUUAUGCUAUACACAUAUUUUGUCCCAUCCCUAGCUUUGGUUUUCACUAUCAUCUCAGUUUCAGUCCAUUUAAGUAGGGUUGUUAUGAAAGCCCGUUUCCACCGUUUAAUGAAGACGAAAAAAGGAGCACUAUGCAUUCACUCCCCUCACCUACAAUUCCUGCCAGUACUGAGACUUAAACCCAUGACCUUCGGGUUCCAAGUCUGACUCUCUAAUCAUUAAGCCACAACUAACCCAAUAUAACAUUUAGACUCACAAUUGGGAGAUAUAACUUCAGAUUGGUCAUUAUUUUCAACAGCCAGUGAUAAGCUAUAAAACUUAAUGCUGCAAAAUCAGGUUAAACAUUGGGGUUAUGGGCAAAAUAACAGCACUUAUGUUUUUGUUUGUGGAUAUUUUGAAUAAAAAAGGAAAAUCUAAAUAAAAGUGAUGCAUCUGUCAUGCAGCGAUAUUGUGCCUGAAUGACGCGUCGCUUUGGGAAAAGGGUUAAAAAAAUAACCCAACAUUUUUAAGAGUGCAGAAAAAUUGAUAUUAUUGAUUGAUAUUGAUAUUAUAAUAAAAUGUUAAAAAUAACCCAAUAAAAUGACCCAACAGGCUGAACCCAGCAUUUUGAAAGUGUGAUUUUGAGUUACCCCCCAAAAAUACCUUGCAAGACACGUUCUCCUAAUGAUCCAGGAACAAUUUGGUGAUGAUCUUUGCAUUUUCUAGAAUGAUGGAGGACCACGUCACAAGAAAGCAAGAGCGAUACAAAUUGGUUUAGAGAUCAUUACAUUGAAAUCCCUGGAUCUUAAUCCCAUAGAGAACCUGUGGCCAACCCUCAAAAGUUAACUGGACAGGCAGAAGCCCACAAACUGUGAUCGACUGCAAGUGUUAAGUUAAAAAUGGAUUGCAUUAGUCAGAAUUUGGCAAAAAGCCAAGGGCUUAUUUGAAAACUAAAGACUAGCUGUGUAAGACAUACUACUUAAUGGCAACUGACAAAUAAAUGUUUGCAAAAACAUUUUAACAUUAGCAAUUAAGUUUGGUGUUUAGUUGUGUUGAUCCAUGUUUGGAUUUCUUAAUCAGGAGAUCUGGCUUGACUGUUUGAGAACACUUUAUAUUGAGUAUCUUAGUUUUGGUACUUCUCGGCCAUUUUUGUAUAUUGUUACUUUUGUUUGUACUUUUAUAUAAAAAAAAAUUAUAAAUGUU